AUGCACGGUCUGUUGGGUUCAGCGGCUGAUUUUAUUUUACCCGGUAAAAAUCGCGCCUUAAGUGCCAUAUUACACGAACAGGGCUAUGAUGUUUGGCUACCCAAUGCUCGCGGCACCACUCAUUCCAAAAAACAUCUCACUUUUGAUUCUUCACAAUCAGAGUUUUGGAAUUUUACUUUUCAUGAGAUAGGGGUUCAAGAUUUACCCGCCAUUGUCGAUUAUGUUUUGAAUUUUACCCAGCAAUCAUCGGUGCAUUAUGUUGCCCAUUCUCAGGGUUCUACUACUUUGCUGGUAAUGCUAUCGGAAAGACCAGAGUAUAAUGAUAAAAUUGUUAGUGGCCAUUUACUGGCACCGGUGGCAUUUUUAAAAGAUCUCAAAAGUCCCCCGCUAAGAAUAAUGGCGCAGAAGAGUGAUGAAAUAGAGGCCCUCUUAAAUCACUUGGGAUUACAUGAACUUUUUCCAUCUACAGCUCUAAAUCAAUUGGGCGGACAUCUGUUGUGCGGCAACGGAGUACCCACUCAAAAUCUCUGCCUGUUACUUACGUUUCUAUCGGUGGGUUUUAGUGACUUUCAAAUGGAUCGUAAUCUAUUUCCACGUUUAUUUGAAACGACACCCGCUGGCAUAUCACGCAAACAGUUUCAACAUUUUGGACAAUUGAUAACUUCCGGAAAAUUUCAACAGUUUGAUUAUAAAUCGAAAAGUGAAAAUUACCGUCGUUACAAAAGUAAAACACCACCCGAAUAUAAUUUACGUAAUGUACGUGUACCACUGCAGUUGUUUUACGGGAAUCGUGAUUUGUUGAUGGCUAAACAGGACGUUUUUCGAUUGGCAACCAAGCUGAAAAAUACUCAUUAUUCAUUAAAUGAAAUACGAGGAUUCAAUCAUAUUGAUUUGUUAUACUCUACUGAGGCGCCUCGCUUAAUCUAUAAGAAUAUACUCAAGGAAAUUAAAAAGUUCUACAAAUAA